AAGGGAAAUACCUUGCUACUGUAUCUCUUUAAACACAGACACAAAGUGUUAAGUCAUUUAGCGGUCCCUUUUGAAUUUGCUUCCCUGGCACUUUAAACCGUCUGUCCCAGUAGUGGGAGGAAACCGAUUGUCUUGUACAACGUGCUGCAAAGUGAUAAUAAUAUUUGGAGAGCUACAAGUGGCUGAGGUCCUAAACACAAACCAAGAGGCAUGUCCAAUGAGCUUCUCCAGCACCUCCCAAAAACUCUGAUUACAAUUCCUCAAUGUUUACACAUGACGCAAAAGCAUAAAACCCGCAGAAAGAGAGACUCAUUUCAACAGACAGGUAGAAGAUGGAAAUGGAUCGUAUACUGGGGAAAUACAGGAUUUUACGCUGAAAGGACGCACAGCUACAGACCUGCACAGUACCUUGGAUUAUUUAUAUUGCAUGCAUCAAGAUCUUUUUUCAACAGUAGAAUACCUAGCCUGCAAAAUAACAGAAUUUAACGGUUUUUUUAUCAGAACACCCAUUUCAGAACUAACCAUGUUAAUGUUUAUAAGAACCCUUAUUAUUUUGGGGGGUCUUCUGAUGCUAUUCGUCAAAAUUAGCCGUUCCACGGAAAGUGAAAUUGUUAUCCCUCUUAGACUGGAUCAUCACAAUUCUGCAAAGCACAAUUUCUUUAGCGACGAAGAAGAGUCAAGCGAGCAACGGGUUGUCUUUAAAAUUACCGCGUUCAAGCAGGAUUUUUAUCUCAGUCUGUCGCCAGAUUCAAAUUUCCUUGCGCCUUCCGUGAACGCGCACAGCGCUGGUGUAGCUCCCAAUCCGGCUACAAACCCAGACCUGAGUCGCUGCUUUUAUUCAGGUGAAGUCAAUUCCGACGAAGGGUCCUAUGCAGCUCUCAGUGUGUGCAAAGGCUUGCAAGGCGCAUUUGGGUACAGAGGGUCAGAAUACUUCAUAAAUCCCAUUGACAAUGACACGGCAGCCGGAAACACCAGAGGCACAGAAAGAGCGCACGUUGUGCACCGCCGCAGCACUCGUCUCCAAGCCGGCAAUUUUACUUCCAGGUGUGGGGUAGGAUCCGACUUAAACCGGGGUAUUUUAGAAGCUUUGGGAAAAUAUAAAAACAUAAAAGGACAUAACAAAGACAACCUGACCGAAACUAUGUUAAGAACACUGAGCAGAUCCAAACGAUUUGCCUCUAUCCCCAGAUACGUGGAGACCCUAAUUGUUGCCGACGAAUCGAUGGUUAAAUUCCACGGUGACGACCUUAAGCACUACCUCCUGACCCUCAUGUCCGUCGCUGCUAGACUUUACAAGCACCCGAGCAUUCUCAACUCCAUCAACAUCGCAGUGGUGAAGUUUAUGGUGAUAAAUGAAGCUGACAAAGGACCCAAGGUCUCUGGUAACGCAGCCUUGACUUUGCGUAAUUUCUGCACCUGGCAGAAAAAGUUAAACAAAAACAACGACAAACACCCCGAGUACUGGGAUACAGCAAUCCUCUUUACUAAACAGGACCUGUGUGGAGCCACGACGUGUGAUACGCUGGGGAUGGCAGACGUGGGGACGAUGUGUGACUCAAAGAGAAGCUGUUCGGUUAUUGAGGAUGACGGCCUGCCUUCAGCUUUCACUACCGCACACGAGCUGGGACAUGUCUUCAAUAUGCCACACGACAACGUGAAGGCCUGUGAGGAAGUGUUCGGAAAGCUAAAGGACAAUCACAUGAUGUCUCCCACGCUCAUUCAGAUUGACCGCUCCAACCCCUGGUCCGCCUGUAGUGCGGCCAUCGUUACCGACUUCCUGGACAGCGGCCACGGUGACUGUCUGCUCGAUCAGCCACAGAAGCUCCUUGCCCUGCCAGAGGUGCUCCCUGGGACCAGCUACAGCCUGAACCGCCAGUGUGAGCUUGCAUUUGGCAUCGGGUCCAAGCCCUGCCCCUACAUGCAGUCCUGUACUAAGCUGUGGUGUACCGGCAAGGCCCGAGGGCAGCUGGUCUGCCAGACCAGGCACUUCCCCUGGGCCGACGGUACCAGCUGUGGGGAUGGGAAGUCGUGCCUGAGGGGCGUCUGCACCGAAAGACACAACCUGACCAGAAGCAAGGUGGACGGCCGGUGGGGAACAUGGGGCCCAUUCGGCACCUGCUCUCGGACAUGUGGUGGGGGAGUCCAGCUGGCUAAGAGGGAGUGUAACAACCCUGUGCCAGCCAAUGGUGGCAAAUACUGCCAAGGUGUGCGCGUCAGGUACCGUUCCUGCAACCUGGACCCCUGUCCUGACACAGGUAAAAGUUUCCGCGAGGAGCAGUGUGAAGCUUUCAAUGGCUUCAGUCUCAACACGAACAGGCUGACCCCAUCUGUAGUGUGGGUCCCCAAAUACUCUGGGGUAUCGCCCAAGGACAAAUGCAAGCUCAUCUGCAGAGCAAAUGGCACAGGCUACUUCUACGUUCUCGCCCCUAAGGUCGUGGAUGGGACCCCUUGCACUCCCGACUCCUCGUCAGUUUGUGUGCAGGGAAAGUGCAUCAAAGCCGGGUGUGAUGGGAAACUGAGCUCAAAGAAAAAGUUUGACAAGUGCGGCGUGUGUGGCGGAGACAACAAGAGCUGCAAAAAGGUCUCAGGACUAUUUACGAAACCCAUCCACGGUUACAACUUUGUUGUGAUGCUGCCAGUGGGAGCUUCCAACAUUGACAUCCGACAGCGCGGCUACAGGGGGAUUGUGAACGACGACAACUAUCUGGCGGUGAAGAACAGCCAGGGGAAGUACCUGCUGAAUGGGAACUAUGUGGUGUCGGCGGUGGAGAGGGACAUCAUGGUGAAAGGCAGCCUGCUCCGUUACAGCGGGACGGCUACGGCGGUGGAGAUGCUCCAGGCCUUCAAGCCCCUGCAGGAGCCCCUGACGGUGGAGGUCCUCUCGGUCGGGAAAAUGACCCCGCCGCGGGUCCGAUACUCCUACUACUUACCCAAGGAAAACAAGGAAGAAAAGAUGGUGUACAAAAAGGACGGGAAUGACCAUUCACACAACAGUGUCCUGGUGGACACCAACAAGAUAGAAGGGAGUAAGCCGGAGUACAUAAGGCCGAUGUACAAAUGGGCAGUGGGCAGCUGGGAGGACUGCUCUGUGACCUGCGGCAAUGGUUUGCAGAAAAGGUCAGUGGAGUGCCUUGACACCGACGGGAAAUUAGUGACCGACUGCGACACUGCGCAGAAGCCCAACGACAUCCGUUUGUGCGGCGACCCGUGUCCCGUGUGGAGCAUAGGAGAGUGGUCCCCCUGCUCCAAAACAUGCGGGAAAGGGUUCAAAAGGCGGGUUUUACGCUGCAUGACUCAGACCGGCCUGCUCCUACCCCGAGACCACUGUAACAGCAAGAAGAAACCGCAGGAACUUGACUUCUGCACGCUGCGGCCAUGUUAAUGAACCCCAGCCGCCAGGCCCAUCGCUUACAGGAUCUGUCAAACGCAUUCGGCACAAAAGUCAACGAUCCAGACCGAUGUGCUCUGGUGCAUCGGCUUAUACGGGGGCAAAACUUGCUGAGAGGAGCAGUAAAUCGAGAGAGGUACGAACUGUAGGCCAUCGAUUCAAAUGACACAGAGUGGGAGUUACACACAGAAGUCUACCUCUAAUAAAGAAAAAAAAAUAUUGUGAUUUGGACACUGACAGUGUUUUCGGGAUUCAGUCUUUUAGAAACCGAUAAGAUGCCAAAGAAAGUACAUGAAAUGAAUUAAGAAUCACUGGAAUUUUAGGAAAGCAUAUAUUGUUCCACAUAAGGUCUUGACUUCCCCUCACUUCAAAUAAGCAAAUGUUUUUUAACAAUUUUUCUGCAAAAGAAAAACAGUUAUAUCUCUUCUUGUUGUUUUCUGCUAAGAUCCACAGAAAGGGAUGCUGCAUAAAAUGUGUGUACUGUGACUACGUCUAGGAUUAAAUAAUGAAACUGACACACCCCUCAAUGUUUUGACCCCCAAAACUUUUAAAAGUAGAGAUUGGAGUGACAAGUGUCGAUAAACAUACUAAUUGUUAUUGGUGAUUGAAUACAAGCCUAUACUUGAAAAGCAACCAAAUUUUGAUUCAAGCACUUCUUUGAAGUCCUAAAUGCAUAAGGUAAAUAUCUCUAAAUAAAUGUUGUUUACAAGAUUUAUUUUUAGCAGUGUAUUAGUAUAAUCACACAAUAUUAGAUUCUCAAAAUUUAAAUUCACUCUGAAAGAAAAAUGAACCCUACCAAAAUAAUUUUGAAAUUUGAAAUGCCCGCAUCAGUGUAAAUACAAUUCUUUAUAUAUUUUUCUAAACCAUUCUUCUUGCACAAAACAUUAAAAAAUACAGAAAAAAUCCAAAGAUAUAUAUUUCCUAAAUGUAUAAAUGUGUUGCUUAAAAGUUUAAUUUAUUCACCAUUUUCAUAAUGUUACAAAUAAUGUUUCUGUAUCAAAAAUGUACAAAUCCCAAUGCUCAAUGCAAAAUGGGAUUAUCCCUUUACUGAUGUGCAUGCCUAAUGAAAAUUAAGUGUCCAGUUUAUUAGACUGAUAAAAUUUAGUGUUUUGUAUAAAACAAAUUAUACAUGUGAUUAGAAUUCUGUAUAUGAAGAACGCUGUACUUUGAAACAUGAAAGCAAAAGUCCUUCGUAUAAGGAAAUGAAAGUGUACACAAAAACAACAAAUUUUAAAAAUAUGACUUAAAACAGAGGUAUUAAUAAAUGCCUGUCAAACCCUGGAACAAUGCAUGGAUAAAAUGUGCAUUAAAUUAUUUAUAGAUUACAUAUAUAGGUUUGUGUAUGCAGAAAGUAACACUUUUUUGUCUUUUAUUUUAGGGACUCAAAUGUUACCAAUGCAAUACAGAAUGAAAGUAUGUACUGUAUCAUACAUAUAUUUCUUUUCUUGAAAAAAACUGUAUUGCUGUACUAAUGCUUUCUUACCUGGUGUGGUCAACUGUGUCUUGAAAAAGCUGUAUUGAUUCAGCUUUCCUUUUCUUCCCUCUCAGUGUAGAUAUAUGUGUGUAAGGUUAUAAAAUGCCUAUGUACUGCAAGGAGCUCACUCUACUCAGUCACUUUAUCACUGCUUGAAGUCCCCUUAGCAAAAGCAUAAAGGACUGAUGCAUUAAGCCAUUUCUUCUUUAUAAAAUGCCUUCUUCAGUUGAAGCACUUGGUGUGAUUAAACAAAGGUGCUUCUCAUCAUGGUUCAAUUCACCUCACAAAGUAACUUUUUCAGCAAAACAACCUGCACAGAAAGGUAAUCAAAAGUUAAAUGAAUGGAAAUAAUCUGAGGAAUAUUAACCAGGGCCUUACAACAAAAAAAGUCAUGGGACACGGACAAAAAGGAAUAUAUGCAGACAGUAAUAUUGGGUCUCCUCCACAUUACUUGUCCAUGCGUAGUUUGGCUGAGGUUUGCAGGAUGGUUAUAUACUGUACCAUGUCGAAUGAUAAUCAGAGGGAUAAAAGGAAAAAAGGCAGUUAGACACAGAGACACCUGACGAUGACUGCACGCUCACUGAGAACAGUCCCUGUCUCGGAUUUACUCCUCUACCUGGUUUUCUUGCAGUUGUUGAACUUUAGGAUUUUGGCAGAUACUGCUUUAGUUGGUCCUUAUCCUUUCUGUUCCUUGCCAGCAGUGCAGCUGCUAAUGUCAAGCCCUGUCUGGUACAGUUGCCGUCAAAAACGUAAAUUAUUUCAAACAACAAAUCGGCUAAAGGCCUAGUUUUGGUCAAUGCGCAUCCUCAAAUCUGACAUGUAGUUUCUCCCACUGUAUGUGCUGAGUUUUUUAUAACUAUUUUAAAUGAGAAUCCUGUAUUCCAUUAAACCACAUAUUUUUGCUGUUUUGUUUUUUUUGGUUCGAGGGGACCACAUCUUCCAUCUAAAAGAUGGUUCCUUUAUUACUUGUAAUUUUGUUUUCUUUUGCACAUUGUACAGCAAAAGACUUUACACCUUUUGUACUGGCUGCUCUGUAUACUAUGUAUACAUCCAUUCAGCAGUGCACCAAUAAAAUAAUGUAAAAAGAA